AUGUCGAAAACCAACACGCCUUCUGGUCGACUCGAGUUCUGCUUAACUAACAAAGCACUCCGCAUCUCGAUGAAGGAUGACAUUGAAAGAAGACGUCACUCGAAGAUUGACAAUGCCAUUGAAAAACAUCGAAGCGUUCGAAAGGUUAUGAAAGAAAGCCAAGUCUGUUCAACCGCUCUGACGCAACUUCAACGAGAAGAUGGAACCAUCGCUGCGUCAAAAGAAGAUGUCGCGGAAACUGUUCAGAAGUUUUAUAAUACUCUCUACACCUCGUUGGACAGUUCUCCAGCCCAGAUCUUACCAUCUCAAGAAGACUUCCCUCCGAUACUGGAUGAAGAAGUCCGUGCGGCGUUGAAGAAAGCUAAAAGGAACAAGGCUCCUGGGCCGGAUAUGAUCACUCUGGAGAUGCUUCUCGCAUGUGAAGAUAUCGUCGUUCCACACCUAGUGACGAUGUUCAACGAAAGCCUCGCGAAUGAAAGAGCUCCACAAUCUAUGCCGGACUCUGUCGUGCGACUGCUCCACAAGAAAGGAAACUGCCUGGACAUAGGAAACUACCGACCAGUAGCACUAUUGUCCGUCGUGUACAAAUUGUUCACCUCGAUACUUCGAAGAAGAGCUACGCGUGAACUAGAGGCUGCUCAACCCAUCGAGCAAACUGGUUUCCGAUCCGGAUUCUCGACAUCGGAAAACACCCUGGUCGUGACCGAGAUGAUCCAGAAGUCUCAGGAAUACAAGUUCCCCUUGUACCUGAUGUUCGUCGACUACAAGAAAGCCUUCGAUUCUGUGGAGUUCGGCUCUCUCUGGACGGCUCUCAGCGAGUUUGGAGUCCAUUCGAAGAGCGUUAUGACUCUGAAAAACAUCUACGAAGAAGCAGAAGUCUCUGUCAAAAUUCGAGGACAAGAUGUACCAGUUCGAAUACAGAAAGGAGUGCGUCAAGGGGACACAAUUUCCCCAGACUUGUUCAACGCCACCCUCGAGCACAUUUUUCGAAGGCUUAAUUGGGAGAGCUAUGGAUUUUCUGUGAACGGAACGACUUUGACGCACCUUCGUUUUGCGGAUGACGUCGUACUGUUUGCAUCCAGUGCGCAGAAGAUCCAAGAAAUGGCUAACGAGCUGGCAAAAGAGAGCAAGAAGGCCGGCUUGGAAAUCAACUUCGCGAAAACGUUCAUCAUGGCUAAUCGAGCCCAAAGAAAUGUCGAGAUUGAUGGGAAAAGAAUCGCCUACACGGAUGGGUUCAUCUACCUCGGUACCCAUCUCCACUUCGCUGAUGGCUCGAAAACCGAAAUCCAACGCCGAAUUCGUUCUGCAUGGAGCGUCUUCCACAAGUUCAAAACGUACUUAAUACGAAGAAACGUUUCCAAUAUACACAAAGCCAAGAUAUACAACAUGUGUAUUGAACCAGCUUUUCUCUAUGGUUCGGAAACUUGGACUCUGAAGAAGAAAGAAAGGAACCUUCUGGCAACGGCACAGCGGAAAAUGAUGCGAUGGAUGCUCGGAGUAACAUUGCUCGACAGAAGAAGAAACUCCUGGCUCUUUGAAAAGUUGAAGCUACGCGAAGUUCGGUCGGAAGCUGUGAAGAGAAAAUGGCUUUUCGCAAAGAAGAUCGCUACGGGAGAAGACACAUGGGCGAAGAAAAUCGUGGAAUGGCGACCAUGGGUGAAAACGCGUGGAGUUGGACGACCCAAACCCCGUUGGCGAGAUGACCUACGAGCAGUUCUUGGUGAAAGAUGGGCGACAGUUGCGCGAACCAACAAACAUCUCUUCAAAUAUUCCAUGAUUCAGCAGAUACAAGAUUACUCUGAGGACUGA